CUGACACUUACGCUGACAAAGGCAAAUUCGGAAGCAGCUCCUUGAGGACAGUGUGGAUAACACCUAAUCAAAACCGGCACAAUGAAGCACUUCCUGCGAGUUCUAUUGGAAGGGUGCUGUCUUUUGUCUUUGACAGAAUGUUGUUCCAGGUGUGCCUGUAUUUUUACUGUAAAUUUUUGUGGCGCUGCCUAAAAUUUGUAAUGAGGAAGCUGACUGGAAGAUGUGAACUGCAACGGAUCUGUUACAGUACCAAGCCUGGGGCUUCUAGAACCAUGAAAAUCGAAACAUCACUGAGGGAUUCAAAAAGUAAGCUGCUGCAGACUUCCGUGAGUGUUCACCCUGAUGCUAUUGAAAAAACUAUAGAAGACAUCAUGGAACUGAAAAAAAUUAACCCCGACAUAAAUCCACAGCUGGGAAUCUCUCUUCAGGCUUGCCUCCUGCAAAUUGUUGGCUACAGAAACCUUAUUGCAGAUGUGGAAAAACUGCGCAGAGAACCGUAUGAUUCUGAUAACCCCCAACAUGAAGAAAUGCUGUUGAAGUUAUGGAAAUUCUUGAAGCCUAAUACUCCACUGGAAUCUCGGAUUUCUAAGCAAUGGUGUGAAAUUGGCUUCCAAGGUGAUGAUCCUAAAACAGAUUUUCGAGGAAUGGGACUUCUGGGCCUAUACAAUUUGCAGUAUUUUGCGGAAAGGGACGCCGCGGCAGCCCAGCAGGUCCUCUCCGACUCUCUUCAUCCAAAAUGCAGGGAUAUCACUAAAGAGGAAACAAGCAAAUUCAGCAAAGCGGAAUGGGAGAAGAAAAGGAUGGAUAAAGCAAUUGGGUACUCAUUUGCAAUUGUGGGCAUCAAUAUAACUGAUCUGGCGUAUAAUCUACUGGUGAGCGGAGCGCUAAAAACUCACUUCUACAACAUUGCCCCAGAAGCUCCAACACUGUCUCACUUCCAGCAAACAUUUUGCUACUUGAUGCACGAGUUUCACAAGUUUUGGAUUGAAGAGGACCCCACGGACAUCAUGGAAUUCAAUCGUGUGCGGGAGAAAUUUCGCAAGAGGAUCAUAAAACAGCUGCGGAACCCAGACAUGGCAUUGUGCCCACACUUCGCUGCCUCAGAAGGUUUGAUCAACAUGUAGUCGCGCAUACUGGUUUUAACGGAUACCCCCGGAACACUGCCUCAUUGUCGUGUUAGUUCCCUGCUUAGGUCCCAGCUCAUACACUGAGUGCACACAGUGAUUGUAUGCAUGCCUUUUGGUACGGUACUUUCAUCUCUGGGUCACAACUACCAGAUCCCCAGAUAUCACCGCUUCUGGAGUAUCUGCCAUCCAGUGACUGUUCAUGUUGUGGCAUUAUGCAGUGUUACAUUUGCCUUGACACCCAAGUAUGGAGAGAGUUUUCUAUUUUUUUAGAUUGUUUUCCUCCCCCUCAUCAUUCAGCAUCGAAGAACUGUAUUUCUCUAGCUGUCUUUUGUAUGUGAGAGAUCUAGCGGACUCUUGUUCUGUGAAAGCCUUUUAAUUUAUUGAUCCGUCUCAUGACUACCGCUGCUAGCUCUUCGGGCCGGGUUCACGCUUGGACCUCAUUCCACUAAAGUAUAUGACUUGCAAAUAAUACAGACAGACACAUGAUAAACCAAACCAUUCCUGCAAACACAGCUGCGCUUCAUGACGAUGUAACGAGGCUUACGAGAAGCAGAUUUAGGUAGGUGCUGUUUUUGUCCAAAGUACCGCAGAAUUAUACUGUAACUUAUCCCCAGUUGCGAUUGUAUCCUAGUCGUAUGGAUAUCAAAUUAUUUUAUCCCCCUAAUUUUACUGGCUUGGAUGCCUAAAUAUGUUUAUGAUGCUUGGAGCCUCAGAAAAGAAGUAUGCAUGCUUCAAAAGCUGCAGAAGAUUUUUCACUGCCUGCCUCUUGCUGAACUCAGUUACACCCUGGCACUCUUCUGAUCCAAGCAUCUGUGCUUGGGGAACUGAGUGCUGACUGGUUUAUUUUUAAUGUCAAGAGGUUAUAUGAAAAAAAACAAUUUGCAAGAAAAUGUGUUGCAAGAGAGGGACCUAAGGUGUGUCCUUCUGUAGUAUUUCUUGAAAAUAAUGACCUUGUCUUGUAUCAGUGAAAAAAGUAAAUGGCUUGGAGGGGGGGAAAAAUCACAUCAUUCCAAAACUGCUAAAAAUCAUUUGAAAGACCAUGAUUUCGUUUGGAAUUAUGAUUGUAGUCUGUUGAAUAGUAUUUACCAUGGCAUUUCAUACCCAUGGUAUUUUAUACCUUCUGACUAUCGAUUUUAGUAUGAUUAGAUGUUUGUGUAACCACUUGCUUACUUAAAUGAAUUUUGAGUACUGCCUAACUGUCAGUUAUAUGAAUAAAUUACAUGUCAUUCUACUGUAA